GGCAGCUGUGCCAGUUCUCUGUGGCUGAGUGGUCUUCGCUGUGAGCGCCGGAGAGCAUGGGCCAGCUUGGAAGUCGCACCAUGGAUUUUUUGGCCUUUGAGGAUGUGGCAGUGAAGUUCAGCCAGGAAGAAUGGAUUUUGCUGGAUCCUUCUCAGAAGAAGCUAUACAGAGAUGUGAUGCUGGAAACCUGCAGUAACCUUACUUUUAUAGGCAUCAAAUGUAAAGAUCAGAAUAUUGAAGAGCAGUGCAAACAUUCUUGGAGAUAUCGAAGAAAUUAUAUGAUAGAUGCAGUCUAUGAGCAUAAAGAAGGUGGUUAGUUUCGAGAAAACUUUACCUGGAUACCAAAUCUCCAUAGUAGUACAAACAUUUCUACUGGAAUAAAACCAUUUGAAUGUGGUGUGUGUGGAAAAGUCUUCAUUUGUCAUUCAUCCUUUAAAGAGC